CCGGUCUUCAUCUACCCAUUCUUCCCUUGCCUGAUUUGAUGCCGACCAGAUCAUCAUCAUUCUAUGCGCUGGGGAAAACACUUGCACCAUUAUCUUGAUCGUUCUUUUUUUGUAAUAAAGCGUUCGAACGGCCCGUUGCUGUGCAGGGAAGAAAUGUGUCGAUGUCCCGUACGCAUUCCCUAACGAUGGCGAAUGUGAAGCCAGAAGAUGGUGACUCUUCUCUCUGGCAAGGCUACAGCGUCCAUCCUCCUCACUCCUCAACCGUGUCACAACCCCCUGCCUACGACUCGAGUUACCAGUCCCCUGCUAUGGCUAUUCCGUACCAUGGACGACCUCAGAAAGGUUCCUAUCGCUCCUUGGAUUUGCCUUCAAAUCAGUCGCGGGGACCACCGAGAGAGAGUACCGGAGUAUUAACAGCAUCACCACCGACGCUUAGUUCUCAUCAUAGCUAUCCAUCGUUGAAGAGACCAUUCCAUACUAGCGAUGAUUCACCGUACGGGGAAAAUAUCCAGAGUUUUAGAGAGGAUCUCCCAGAGGCGCCAAAACCAAGUAUCAACCAGGAUCAUCGACUUCUUUCUUUUGGACGCUUACCGGAGAAGCAUACGUUACUGGAUAGUCAAGGACGAGUACAACAUGUGGAGCUUGUAGCACAGAUUCACGGGAUGUUCUUCCUAUCAGAACUCGCAACGCCGUCGGGAGAAAGUCUCCUUGUCCAGCCAGAACUGACUUGCUAUCGACGAAAUCUCUUCCAGAUCUCCGGAAGCGUUACUGCACCAAGAGGCAGUAACUCCAUCUUGACUGAUCGUGGGGAAAGGGUGCCCAUCGUGUCGAUGGAGGUCACAAUAGGAGCGACCGAGUCUGUUGAUGGUCACGUCGUGAAGCUCAUCGUUAUUCCUUGGAAGACUCCACCGCCAAACUCUCCGGAGAUUCCAACAGGGCAGGAACAUGAACCAGCGCCAAUACCUUUGUUACCUUUCGAUGAAGGUCCUGAUGCGAACAACGAUUUCACUGUGUUCCCGAUUGCCUAUCGAAGGUUGCAAUUUAGAAUCGCAACGGCGAACAACGGUCGACGACGAGAGUUGCAGCAACACUUCACUCUUCACUUGAACGUGGUUGGAACCUUGGCAAAUGGGACGAAGCUUAAUGUUUGUGAGACUUCAACAGCACCGAUCGUGGUGAGGGGACGAAGUCCGAGGAAUUUUCAAGCACGGAAGGAGAUCCCUCUUGUCGGAUCGUCGUCUUCUCGAGGUCAACCACCAGAAUUGCAUGUUGCAACAAACCUCAACAGUUCUCUAGACGGGAAGAAGAUGAUGGGGAAACCUCAUGGAAUCGAGUUAUCACGAUCUCCAUUUACCUUUGACUCGAAUAACAUCGCCGGAUCACCAUCCAUGAUCCGCCAGCCGACCUACUCGAGUUGGAAUGCGGCACAAACUUCAGAUCAUACCACCUCUCCUAAUACACCAAACUACUCGGUACCGCCGGUAGGGUUGGACAAUUACCUCCAGGUCAAUAACUCGACUCCAGAUCUCCACGCAAAUACCCACUCGCCGACAACGAUCAUUCCACCUCCUACUCGGCAGUACUCCUAUCACCCUCCAGGAGCACCGACUGGAAGCGACCCAUUACGAUUUGUGGAUAGUAAUCCAAGGCCAGCAAAGUCCCCAAGACAUGUUGCGCCUCCCGAGGUGCCAUCAAAUUAUGGAGAGUAUGGAACCAGAUUCGCGCCUCCUUACAGCACGGCGAACAACGAUCCUUUGCCGACAAGGGGACCAGAUUACUUCCCACCCGCAUUACCUUUGCAAUCAUGGACCAGUGGACCAGGGACAGGCGUUGUGUAUGGAACGACAAGCCAAGCUCCCGGGGUCCAGCAUUACGAGUUUCCGAAUGAUCACCAGUACGUGAAAGAGGAAGGUAAUUCGGGACCACCUCACUACACCUGGAAUCCGACAUGAAAGUUUCCGCACCAUAAAAAGAGAAGCAUCUUCAUAGUCCGUGCACUAUGAGAUGGUAAUAAUUUGCAACACAAGCCUACGACCCAACACCACCAACACAAUACGAACGAACGAAAAGACUGAACGACACCACUCACG